AAACAAAAGAAAAGAGAAAAAGAGAAAGAUCAAAGGAUGGUGAGGGCUCCAUGUUGUGAGAAGAUGGGAUUAAAGAAAGGAUCGUGGACUCCUGAAGAAGAUCGGAUACUGGUUUCUUACAUCCAACGACAUGGACAUGGAAAUUGGCGGGCGCUUCCUAAACAUGCAGGAUUAUUAAGGUGUGGAAAGAGUUGCAGGCUUCGUUGGACGAAUUACUUGCGGCCCGACAUAAAACGAGGAAACUUCAGCAAGGAGGAAGAAGAUAUGAUUAUGAAGCUACAUCGAGCUCUUGGAAACAGAUGGUCCGCCAUUGCAGCAAGAUUACCAGGACGUACAGACAAUGAAAUAAAGAACUUCUGGAAUAGCCACUUGAAGAAGAAACUAACCGCCGUAAAACAGUACUCUGUUGGAACACCUUGUACGCUAAAUACAGACAUGCAAAAUUAUGGUUAUGGAGGAAUUCUUUCCGAGCAGUACUCUCAGAAAUUGUCGGCAACUGAUUGCAGUUUCUUGUCAAGAAACAUUAUUUCUGCAACAAGCAAGUAUCAACUUCUUGAAGAUCAUCAACAACUUCCCUCUCGAAUAUUCUCGUCUGAUCAUUCCACAAUGGAGAGCACGAAGAUGAAUGAUGAAAUGGGUUUUUGGUACAACCUCUUCAUGGAAGCCGGAGACUCCUCGCAACCUUCUUUAAACUUAGAGCAGUAAUUAUUUGGGUAGUUUUUUUUUUCGUGAGGGAUUUUGUUCUUCAUCAUUGUCUAAGAUUAAUAGAUAGACUAUAGUACAGGAUUGAUUUACAGUUUGAAAAAUAUA